AUGGCUGCGAACGCUUACGUACUCAUCAACGUGGAACCCGCCCGGACCCAGGAGGUUAUCGACCGCCUGAACGCCAUCAGUGGCGCGUCGGUGCGCGAGGUGCUGGGACCCUACGACGUUGUGGUGGAACUGGAAGCCGGAACGGUCGAGGACCUCACCGAGAUCAUGCGCCACCGCAUUCGCCCCAUCAAUGGGGUCAGCAACACGGUCACGUGUUUGUGGUUCACCAACAUCUAGCCGGGGCGGCCCGUUGGCGCCCGCGACGCAACCCGUUGCCUCAUGGGCCAACUUCCCCGCGGCCGCGCGCCUACGCCGCUUCCGCCGCCAGCGGAGCCCGGCGUUCCGGACGCCGCGCCACCAGCAUCAGGCACAUCGCCAUGCCCUGCACGGCCGCCGAGAAAAGGAUCAGGAUGGUGUAGCUGCCCGUCAGGUCGUAGAUCACCGGCCCCACGAUCUGUCCCAGUCCCAGCCCGCCGGCCUCGAAGGGACGCAUCGCUCCGGCGAUAGCCCCGUAGGAAUUGCGCCCGAAAUAGUCCGCCAGCAGCAUGUAAAGCAG